AUGGCACCAGCAGCUGUCGCCGAUGCUGGUUAUCCUUUUCUCUCGGGCAUCGAGGCGUACAACGAUAAUGAUGGAAAAUCGUCUGUGACGAACGAACUUGGCCUCGGCGCUAUCACCCCUCCUCAGACGGAUACACCACAACCCUCGAGUCUCCCCCGAAUAGCUGAGUCACUUCUAAAAGCAGCAUCCACAGUUCAAUCAUAUCCUAAAGAAGAAUCGGUCAUCAGCGACCAAUAUGUCCCCGUCGGCAUACUGCGAAGAUCGUCUGCACAAUUUCCAGAGGCGGAGCUUUACAGCCUGCAAAAUCAUGAAUGGAUACAAACACGUUGGAACAUAUACGAGUCUUAUCCCGUUUGGUCGUUUGUUCAAGUCUACGUCCUACCUCACGAUGUGGCACGGAUUGCGGUUUCACGCACGAGCAAUACGCUUAGGAAGGCACUGCGGGUUGUGAUGGCGAACAUUGACAGAUCUCCGGCGGCUUGGAAUGGUGAUUUUGACACGAACUCUGAGGAGCAGAGUAAGAAGGCCGACGACGAAUCGCUGUGGUAUAUAUUUAAUACCCUCGAUAACCCGAAUCCUACGAUAGACGAUGUGCGAGAUGCAGACGGCAAGUUGGCUAUGCAAGAACUGAUUGCAAGUUCAAGAGAGUCAAGACCGGAGGUACAAGAGAUAUUUAGUGUGAUUGGACUCAAGACUCCUUUACACCCUUAUCAAUGCCGUUCGGCUGCCACUAUGAUUCAACGAGAAGUACAUCCGAGACAAAUGUUGGAUCCGCGGUUAGAGGUUUACAAGACACCGUUGGGCCAAGAAUACUACUAUGACAAGGAAGAGGGAACCAUGCUACGUAGUAAACGCAUCUAUGAGGAGGCUUGUGGUGGGAUUCUUGCAGAGACUAUGGGUUGCGGAAAGACAUUAAUUUGCUUGGCGGUUAUCCUAUCAACACGCGGCCAUUUCCCUCGCAUUCCGACAGAGUAUCAGGAAACUAAGAAUCCAACUCGCAAGUCUGUUGGCUCGCUCAUGCAGAUGGCAGCCGCUACAGCGGGCCGAUUUUCUGUUCCAUGGCCUAGUCACUUUCGACGUUUGCGAGAAACUGGUGUCAACUACGCACGAUGCGAAGAGGAGUGCGAACGGCAUAGAGGUGAGUAUACGAUACCGCCACCGCCGUCAAGGUAUACGAGCCGUGGUGGAUGGAUGUCUCGCCCACCAGCUGUUCGUCUUCGUCUCAUUUCCAGCACGCUCAUAAUCGUUCCGCCUAAUCUUGUGGAUCAUUGGACAUCUGAAAUCGCAUCCCACACAGAAGGGCUUCAUGUUCUUGUAUUGAGAAGCCGAAAUGACAAGACUCCUUCAGAGGAGGAGCUGUUGAAAUAUGAUAUCGUGUUAUUCGCCCGAACCCGAUUCGAGAAAGAAGCCGGAGAACCAGAGACCAGUCGCCAUACCCCUUCGGCUUUUUCGAUGUCUGCAGCAGAAUCUCCUCUGAAGAAGUUCCACUGGCUUCGAAUUAUUGUUGAUGAAGGUCAUAAUGUUGCCGGACAUGGGUACAAGUCCAGCACUAUGCACAUGUUAGAUCAGCUGCAUAUCGAGCGUCGAUGGGUCGUGUCAGGAACACCGUCAAAUGGGCUGUACGGCGCAGAACUUAGUCUUGCCUCGCAUCAGAGACUGGCGGGCGACACGAGCUCUGAAGAUGAUGUGCCAUCUUUAGUGUUACAUUCUCGCAAAAAGACAGGAACAGACGAGGAAUUGAAAGAUGUGGACAAUUUACGGCUGAUUGUUGUCGACUUUCUGAAGCAUAAGCCCUGGGCGAACUCCCGACAUGACGAUCCGGCGAACUGGACGAAAUACAUCAAACCGGUUGGCGAAGACGGUAAACGAAGGAAAGCACCGUCAUUGCGGGCUGUACUUCAAGGUCUUGUGGUAAGACACCGUUUGGAUGUCAUCAACGAAGAACUUCCGCUACCUCGACUGCAUAAUAAAGUUGUUAGUCUUGAGCCGACAUUCUACGACAAAAUGUCAAUCAAUCUGUUUCUGUUCAAUCUUACCGUGAAUGCGAUUACAUCUGAGCGCAAGGAUCAAGAUUAUAUGUUUCAAAGCCGGAAUAGAAAACAUCUCAGUCUUUUGAUUAACCAUUUGCGUCAGGCGGGCUUCUGGUGGACUGGCCAUAAACCUAAAGAUAUCGAGUCUACAAUCGAGGUGGCAGAGAAAUACCUGACAAAUAAUAUGGAAAACAUGGCGGCGGAUGACAUUCAACUCUUGAAAGAGGGCCUCAAGAUUGCGCAUCGAGCACUUACCAGUGAGAGCUUUAGCUCGUUCUGCCAUUCAGAUGAGCUCGGCGUAUAUGUUCAAAGGUUUCCAGACCAUGCCCGCGAGUACUGGUCACUGACUUCAAGCUCCGAUGAAGCAAAACCUCUAUUGCUAGGUUUAUCGCAAGCACGCCUCGCGCAGACCUUCAUAACGUCGCAUCUCAUGGCUGAUGAUCCAGCGGAGGGACUUGCAGGAGCAGGUAUUAGUGCUCGUCGUGAAUUAAUGCAGAGAUCCGAGAAGAAGCCGGCCAGGAAUGAGUCAAACGUUGCGGACAAUCUUACACAUAAGAACAAGCCGACGGAAAAUCGAUCGCCUAAAAAGACGUUCCUCAAAGGUAUUAGCAGAAAACUUUCGCCGGAUUCACCGCUUUCGCGGACGAAGAUGGUUGCAACGACAUCUGCAAAGCUUACAUAUCUGCUCGACCGGGUUCAGGAGUUGCACAUAAAAGAGAAGAUCAUCAUCUUUUAUGAGAACAACAACACGGCAUUUUGGAUUGCAGAAGGACUAGAAUUGUUAGGUAUUGACUUCCGCAUCUAUGCCAACACUCUCAAGACGAGCCAAAAGGCGGCAUAUCUAUCAUUAUUCGAGGAGUCUUCUAGUGUGAGAAUCCUUCUCAUGGAUCUACGACAAGCAUCGCACGGACUGCAUAUUGCUAGUGCAUCUCGUGUCUUUAUCGUGAAUCCUAUCUGGCGGCCCUACGUCGAGAGCCAAGCCAUCAAACGAGCCCACCGUAUCGGACAGACGAGACCUGUUUAUGUCGAAACUCUCGUUCUCAAAGAUACACUCGAAGAGAAAAUGCUACAUCGAAGACAGGAAAUGUCCAAUUCCGAAAUGCAACAUGCCGAAAAGGAUAUGCUUGACGAUUCGACCAUGAGUUCGAUAAUUCAACACGAACGGUUCUAUGAGUUGCCGGAACAUGACGACCUUAUUGAACCAGCGUAUUUGCAAGAAGCAUGUGGAUUCUUCGACCGUCAUGAACUACCCAUACCUGAUGACUACGUGGAGCAAUCGACACAAAUAUCGACAACACCAACCAAGAAACGAAAAGUACCCCUGCUGGUUCAGGGAUCCCUUCCCAGCCCACAAAUUGAAGUCGAUCUUUCGCCUGAUCUGAUUACGCCUGUGAAGAAGAAGAAAGUCUCGACGUUUCAGAUUGUGACUGAGCAGGGGAUUGUGAUGACUCCUCCUAGAAGAGGGUCGUCGUCUAGAGCGUCGAGAUCGCCGCCGUCGGCGUCGGAUUAUCAGAGUCCGGCCGCGAGUCCUGGGGGUGUAGAUGAGUCAUCACUACCUAUACGUGGAUCUAGUUUGUUUGGAGGAGAUGCUUUUUGA